AUGCUUCCAACUCCACGCGAUUUGGAUGAGAUGCUUGUAGUCGUGACGGUCAUGCGGUCGUUCGGUGCUAGCGCCCUGCGAGUGCUUUCCUUAAGUGUUAUUUGGCCCAAAGUUCUGCGUUGUGCCUCUUUUGUGUUGUCGGCAAAGACCAUGGCUUUGGUACGCGGUGCCAGGAUCCGCCAUGAGUAUCCGUCGCCUCGCAGUCCGGUCCCUCGACGUCGUUCCGCGCAUGAUGAAGAAUUGGAUGCUUUCUCCCCACAUGGAAAGAAAAGCCAUUCGCUUGACUUACCAGACGAGUUCCAAUCUACCAGAGAGUGUCAUGAUUCCAGGGUGAUCGGUGGCAGGAAGCUUUUCAAGACCGUACAAGCAACGCAGUGGUCUCGUGAGUGGGGCCUUGCGGGAAAGCGGAUUGAAGACAUCUCUCUCCCCGAGCUGACAUGGCUUGGGUGGGAGAAUUGGGGGUUGCGUGCAUUGUCAGCCGGAUGUUACACCUCCGUAGUGUUUGCCCGCAGCGUGCGGGAGGGUCAGUGCAUGGACAUUUUUCAGCGAGAGCUCCGUUCGCGUCACAUCGACAUUGAAUCAGCAGCAAUCCAAUGGGCUCAACAUGAAAACCAGCUGUCCGAAAAGACUGCUGGCAGCUUGUCCCGUGAAGACAAGAACGAUGCCAUGAACAAGUUCGUGAAGUGGAUUGUUGAUCAGGUUCAGAAGUGGAGUGUUUCGGCCGUUGAGGAGUCUCAAACUGCUCGUAUUCGUCAGCUUGAGGCACAGAUUGCAGAUUUGAAGUCGCAAUCUCACCAGGGUCAAACGACAGAACGAGAGCCUUCCAAACGGAAGGAUGCCAGUGCUGAAUCUUCUAUGCCUGCGAACAAGAGAUUGCGUGUCGCUGGGAAGAAGGGGCGAGAACAAGCCGGUGAUUUCCAUGUGACUGCAGAUCAGUUGUUCGAGCUGGAUCCCCCCCAGAAGCCGCUGCGGGCUGACUGCCCACCAAAAGCUGGAACAUCCUCCGUAACCUCGUGGUUGAAGAAGCUUCCUCGUGAAGUUCAGUCCCAAGCUUUAGUGGAUUACAAAGCCAUUGAGCCAUUGGUCAAAACAUGGUCGGAUGACAAAAUCGGAUCUCUCAAGGAGAUUGCUUCCGCGUGGGGCCUCCCGGUACAGUUGUCCGUGGGUAUGUCGAACAAGGAUCUGGUUCGAGUGAUCGUUGCGGCACACCACAUGGCAUAUCGAGGAAGCGCUUUUUCUCAGCCGCAUGUCGUGUAUGUUCGCAUUCCGAUGUUGGCGGUGACACGGAAGGGAUUGGUGUCUUCUACCUCGCAUUCUUCGAAAGCUGUAAAACAUUCCAUGUUCUAUGUUGGGUCUACCACCAUUACGCUUGCUCGUCGUGAUGCGGACCGGUAUCGCAAGUUCAAGCAGUUGUUUGCCACCGCUACAGUUCAGGCCGAGCCGUCCGUGCGGUACUGGUUUCAUCGGAAGUCAUUCUUUGAAUAUGUGUCGGUGGCCCUUUUCCCAUGUUCAUGUGCGGUAAGUGCCCGUGUGUGCGAGAACGUCUUUUUGCAGAUGUGGAGGCCGGGGUUGAACUAUCCGCAAACUAACAAGCUCAUUUUUCAGAGCCGUGGUGUGAAAGAGACACCGCUUAUGAAGAAGCAUGAUUUCGUGGCACGGCGGACUGGAAGGAGGUUGUUUCUGAAGCUGCGGAGGCGCGCGAGGUAUGUGCAUCAACAUUUUCGGAGUAAGCCGGCAAAGCCGACGUUGAAUCGUGAAGAUGCGUGGAUGGUUCUUCAUGAUCUCACAACACAAGACGGUCGAGCAUGGAACAUGCAGUGUAGUUUGGGUUCUGCACGAUGGCAUGAUGAUCAUGUGUAUGCGCUGUAUAAGCUCGCGGCCAACUUGGAAGAGCCAUUCAGGUCCAGAGCGCGUGGUCGUUUGGCAAAGGUUCUGCAGUUUCGGCGUCAGGAUGUUCCCAGAAGAAAUCAACCUCUGGUUGUGCCGUUUCUUGCGCAUUCAAAGUUCCCGGCAUUUGUCGUCGCGUGGUUGAGGGAUGUAAGGCACAAGUUUCAGAAUGUGUUGCUGCCAUUCCAUUUGCCAUCCAAGACGGUGGUGGAAGGAAGUCAUCAAUGCGUGGGCAAGAUGUUGUUCUCCUUCAAAGAGUGGUUCAAAAGGUUCCAGUCGUCUCCUGGGGAAUCGUUUUGCAAGUGCAAAGAGGUCUUGAGCCAGCAUCCAGAACUGCAGACCGUUGGCGGGCAUGUUGCAUCUCCGGCUGAGCGAUUGUCCAUGUCAUCACAUUUGAAGAAGUUGGUCGGAUAUUCGGCCAAAACCAUGGUGUUUCCCAGCAAACAUGUGUUCCUUGGCAUGACGCGCAAGCUGGUACAGAAAUGGGCACGCAUUCACAGAUUCCCGGUUCAUCAAGUCGUUCAUGAUUGGGAAAGCUUCGUUGAGGAGCAAUGGCCAAUGCAUUUGAGAGCUGUGUCUCAUCGUUUUACAUUUAAAGAUGUGUGCCGAGUGAAACAACAUCUCCAUCGUCUUGUAUGUCACAGUCGCGAUCAUGCGUACGAACAGGUCAUGGUGUAUUGCCCGGAUUUGUUUCGGAAAGGGGUGCUUGCCACGUUCGAAGAUACCGAUGUGUAUGAAGAGCUUCCCUUCCUUCCGCAAGUUUAUCGUCAGACCGAUGCAAAGCAGAUUCCUGCCAGCUUGUUGCGAAGACAUCCAUGGGGUUUCAGGUUGACGGCACCGAUUCCUCAUGCAUUUGUUUUCUUGAAGAAGAAAAAGGACUACCAGUCGGCUAGGAGCAUCAUCUCGUAUCGCAUGUCGAUGUUGGCACCAGCAUUGAAGGUUGCAUCACUUGUUCUAUGUGAAGUCACAAAAGAGGUUUUUCCAGAAACCUUUGCGCGACUGAGUUUGAGCAGGUUGUGGCCAAGCUUGCAUGGGUACCUGCGAGAAGUUGUCAUUCCAUGGCGUGAUGUCACUGAGUUCGAAGUGGUUUGUGACGAUUUGGUUGGGUUUUUCAACUCGUUACCAGUGGAACGCAUCCAGCAGGCAGUAGAGCUUGUCUUUUUGCAGUAUUUCCAGAACCGAGCGUGCAAUCAUCCGGAUGCUUUCAUGUUCACGGUGCAUGAUCAACAAAAAUUCUCAGAAGGCCGAGUCUUGCGAGGCAAGGCACGAGUGUUUCGGAGUGCGGUGAUGCGGCAGAUUUCUGCAGGAGACGUGAAACAGCUUGUGGCACUCUCUUUCCUUUUCGCCAAAUUCACCAUCAUGGGCCGAUGUUUCCGGCAAAUACGAGGUUCCCCUAUUGGGAAUCAAAUAAGCCCUGCACUGUGCGAUUUGACCGUGAGUGUUGAGGAAGCGAUGUGGGCUGCAAGCUUUGAUGUUGCAAAACACUCCUGGAAGGCCAUGUGUUGGUUUGGGAGGUAUGUGGACAACCGUUUCCUGGUGUUUCCAAGGGGUUUCCUGCAAAGUCCUGCAUUCCAGUCUCUGGUGAGUCCGAUGUUCUAUCGUGAUCCCGUCAUCCUCGAGGCAUGCGAUGCUGGUGAUUUGUUGGGAUGCAUGGUGGAUAUUGAAGCUGGGACAGUGGAGUUUCGUAUUCCGAAUGAAAGCUGGCAGUAUCGACCGAUCAACAGCGCAGGAUCUCGGAGGUUGAACUUGGCAGGCUUUCGAUCGCGGUCAUGCCUCAUCAAACGGCAGGCUUUUCCGAAGAGUGUGGUUAGAAGACAGUUGAAGGAGUUAACUGACAUGUACAUGUGUUUCGGUUUCACUCGCGAUGAUCUCCAGCAUGCAUGA